CAUAAUUUAUGCAAGUUUUUCCGCGCCUCCCAUGUCUCAUGGGAUGGCGUGCUUCCGGGUUAUAUUAACAGUUGCCGUACACAUCCUGGCGAUGUCAUACAAUUUUCACGAGGACCACGCGAUCAAGUGAAUUGAUUUACACCUCCAGAUAAGGUGAGAGGGAUCGCUGAACAAUCUCUCUAAGUUAUGACAUACUUUAUGUGGCCUCCUAUUCGGCUGGCUGUCGCUAAGUACUUCUUAUUGAAUACGAAACAUCGAUCGCCCGCAGUGAGAUUCGUUUCAGCUCCUUUUUGAACGAAGUAUCGGCUAGGCAAAUAAGCGAAGGAGCAUUCAGUGAACGAGAGGUUAAAAUAAAAGAAAGUACUUGAGGAUAAAUCAUCCUGCAUCGUAAAGACUGACAGUAAAAUUUCAACAGUAUGUACUUUGAUGACCUUGGUUGGAAACUUGAAGAGAUGAGAUCUUAUAUCUGGUAUCUUCCAUCACAGACCCUCGAUUCCAAUAUAAGAGUUAUUAGAUGAGCAAGGAGGCUUGAACAAGCGCUUUACAAAAUGUAGAACGAAAUUAGAUGGAUCCAAACAUUCCUGUGUUGCAAAUGAAGCAAUGCUUCAAGACAUGCCUUUAUAUGUAUAUAGGCUAGCCAAUCUUGCACCACAUUUGGAAAGCUGAUAAGAGGCACCCUACUUCUAAUGACCAUUGCUCUUGUUCUGAAAGGGAAAACCCCUAGGUGAUAUAUCGAUAAGUAAUCAGUUUUAUAAUGGUUGGAAUGGUGCCGGUAUACGAAAUUGUAGAUCAGUAAUAUGUAUUGUAAACUGCUUUGUGAAAAUAGGUGAAUAUCAUCGUGUCAAAAGGGUUGAAAAAUCUGAUUUUUCUGAUUUUUAGGAUAAAUGUUUGUGCUUCAAAGUGAGUGAAAUUUCUGCUGGGAACAAAUAAUAAUAAUUACAAUAUUAUUUUCUUUUCAAGUAGCAGAACAUUGACAAGGAAGCUACUCAUAACUAGAAACAACACACUCUGCAUCUUAUUCCCCAGCAUAUACACAUGACAAAAACAUGUUUAGUUAAACCGGAUUUCACUAGAUGAAAAUCAGAAACAGAGAACUGAAGAAAUGAAAAAGGCACCACGACUUAAAUUAAUGUAAGAGUGAAAUCCAAAAAGAAGACAGAAAUCAGGGGCUGUUUUGUAUCUGUGAAAUUAGAUCAAUGCUAAUUUCAGUACAAUAUGUAUGUUUUAGUGCUCAGAUGUGUUGAUUUUUACGUGCUAAAAGGCACCAAGCCUUAAAUAUGUACAUAGAAAUUACACUAGAUAACAGGCUUGCCACAAAAAUAUGCAACAGAUAUUAAUCACGGUUACUUACAGGGCUUAACACUAUACAGGUUUCACCUCCUUGGUUCCAUUGUAAUGAUAUGAGUUGAAGUACAGCUGCACCAACAUGUUUUACUCAUUUGGGGCUGAGAUGAAUGACAGUCACAGUGAUACUUUGAUUACAGUUGUCUUUGUGUAAUUUGUGCUAUUUGUUUAUUGAAAUCUAAUAGGACCUGCUGAGGAAAUGCAACAGGAGUCCCAAGGCAAAAGGCCUUCAGCUCGAAAGCGAGUGGCUGGUAAUUACUCACUUGUCUAUUUUUCAAACAUGCUGCAAUGUUAUGAACAAACUGCAUCUUUUCAAUAAUGAGCAGGUACAAAACAUUUUAUCGAAAUCAAUAUACCAAUAUAUUUUUGGGACAUUUUUUGUAUAUUGAAGAAAACAAUUCUUGGACAAUACGAUGUCAUCGUUAUGAAAUUUUCCAAGUGAAUGCUCUAAUAGGGGUAAUUCCAUUUUCUGACUGACCCUGCUGAGGAUCCAGAACCGUCUGCAUCAAAUAUUAUUCUUCUCACUUAUUAGGGAACUGAUGAAAAGGUGACUUACUUUUAAAAUGAAGGAACUGUGUAACUUUGCAUUCAUUGGAAAUCUGUGGAUUUCAUUUAUUAUUAUUUGUCGACGAGAUUGCUUUCACAUCAGUUCCAGGGAAAUGUUUAUAUCACUUUAGGCACUUUUGCUAUAAGGUGAUUAGCAAUUACUACUUACCAUUUUAAGAGACAAAAUCCUUGAUGAUGAUUAUUAUUUAAAUUCUUCUGUGGGGACAUUACUUCACUGCAAUCAUUUCUGCUUUUGACUGAGCUGGGCUUAAGGCUGCAACCGUUCUGGUUGCUAUGGCAACUAGCCAAUUUGGCCAUGGAUUAUCUUGCAUUUGCUGGUUGUGCAUAGUAUGUGUUAGCCGGCUGUAAAAUUCUUUAAAAGAAAGAUAAAUAAUUGUCACCCUCUCAAAAGCAUAAAGAAGGUACUAGAGACUUUUUAUUUGCCAGUUUUUGUCUCCUGGAAACAGAAAAUUUUUAAGUUGAUGCAAUUUAUUCAAUUAAUCAUCAGAAGAGAAUUACUCUCAAACAGUAAAUAAUAAUGCUUGGAGGCCUUCUUUAAACUUGAACAGCUCUAAUAAUUUUUAAACAUAUUUAUCUCAGAAUCAAUUGGGUAGUUAUAGUAAGGUUGCAUAAAUCUGAAACAGGCAUGUUUCUUUUAAUUGUGAAAGUUUAUGUAAUGAACUAUAAGAUGUUAGUUAUAAUUAUAUAUUAACAAAUAAGUUUGGAAGUUACACAGUAUUAAACAAAAAUUAACAUAAUUAUAACAAAUUACUAUUUUGAUGGCUAUCAUGCUAAUGGAGAAUACAAAUGACUAAGGCCACCACUUAACUGUGUUAGCAAAAAUACAUUUAUUUACUACUGACCAGAAGAGCCUCCUGAUUUUAGCUAAUGGCAGUUACAGGAUAAAUUUAUUUGAUUAGUUCAAAAUAAAUCACUUAUUGUCUGAGCUUGAUAUCCCAGGAUCCAUAUUUUAGCCAGCAGAAGAGGUGUAAACUCUUUUGCAGAAUUGAGGCAAGCAUGAAGUCAAGGGCUGGAGUUGUCAUUUGCACUCCUACCCAGUGCAUGACUUGUGCUCUCUUACCACUUGUCUCCCUUUUCCUGAAGAAUGCAACAAAUUAUUCCUGCUCUGCUGGCUAAAACUCUUGAAAUUUAGUUCUUGAGAUAAACUAAUUAGCAGGAAGAAAUGCAAGCACAAAAAUGAAAUAUCACAUUUUUAUCCUAAUCUUUUCAUCUCUCUUACAUACAUACUAGCUUCUGGUUCCACUGAAGUUAAGCAAGAGGAGAAAAGUGGUUCAGCUGCCAAAAAACCUAAACUUGAUCCUACUGGUGAACCUGGAACUUCUGGGGUAUCCAACACUAGGAAGACAAGGAAGUUUAAGGGUAAGGACAAAAAGAAAAUAACAUUUGAAGUAGAUUGACUUUCAAAAAACCUUAUAAUUACUACAUGCACUGUAUGUAACUAUCCAAUCGCAUGAUAUUUUAAGGAUCAAUCAUGUAAAAUUUCUUUACAGACUUGAAGAACCUUCAAUCUCUCUCCUAAAAUAGUUUCUUUUGUGAUGAAUUGUUACUGACUCACAAUAAGUUAUAACCCCAUUAGCUGUCUCAACAAAAAUCAUUACAGAUCAGUUUGAUUCAACAUAUCAUACCUGAUAAUAUGAGGAAUUUGUGUGUAUAUCUAUUUUUAUAGUUAUAAAAUUAACUAGUCUCCAACAGGGCUCAUCUCAGGACCAAUAUGAAAAAUCUGGUUCCAAACAUUGUAAAUAACCUUACUUGCAUUGGUUUGUCAAUCGGAAGAAAAGCAGAAAGCCAAUCAGGAUUUAAUUAGGCAAAAUGUGAUUUUCCUAGGCAUUGACGCUAACCCUUAAUCACUGAUGAGAUGAUGAAUUUUUUUAGAAAAAGGAAACUAGGAUCAAGAAAUUCAUAAAUCAGUUUAAAUUAGCUGAACUAAGUCUUUCUAUGAUCAUGAUUUAAAUUAACCUGUGGAGACUUUACUCCAGAGUAAUAUUUGUGGUUUUUAUUAUGCAGGGCUUUAAGUUGCAACUGUUUUGGUUGCCAUGGCAAUUGGCAUAUUUGGCCAUCAGUUAUCUUGUUUUUGCUGGUUGUGCAUGGCAUGACACUAGCCAGCUGUAACAUUCUUCAAAAGAGAGAUAAACAAUUUUGCAUAGUACAAUCCGUAUUGAAGUACCAGGUUUACAAUUGCCACAUAGUACUAUUCUCUCAAAGACAUAAUAGUUAUGGUUAGCACUAAUUGGGGAAAACUAGGAUCUAAAAGGAACACUAGGAUCACUAAAAGGAAAACUAGGACUAAGACAUUCAUAAAUCAGUUUAGAUUGGCUGAAUUAAGUUUUUCUGUUUCCCUUUUUUCCUUGAAAGUGUUAUAUAUUGCAGUUAUUGCAUAGAAAUAAAGACAACUAACCACAAUAGAAAAUUAAUUAAAUGAAGAGCUCUAAUUAGGAUAUGUCUGCAUGCAGUUUAUUAGACUGCAAUCAGCCACUUUAUCAUGAGUCUCAGGUGCAUAGCUAGCAUUAAUGAAGGCAAGUUUGACUUAACUAUGGAUGCCUUUAGAAAGUGAUAUGAAUAUGUGCAUGAAUAAAACACCUGUUUAGAGACUCUGGGGAAUUGCAGCUUCAAAGAAAUCUUUAGCUCACUUAAUUUUGUGCCUCAGGGGACUCCUGUUUGAGGGAUCUGUGUUUCAGCCUUGGGUAGGUCAUUUAGAGUGAAACUUUUAAACCCUGAGAGUGACCAGUAUCUUACUUCUCCUUACAGCAAUACGGCUGAAUCAUUUAUGAAGAUCAUGAGAAUAAAGGAAACGAUCGCCACCAAAGAAGCUUUGAUUGUUAAACAAAUUCUCCUUUUCAGUACCAGAAGAAAUGUAUAGAGUAGAGUAUGGAGAAUUUGGAUAGUGAUGUUAUGGUGUAGAGGGUUAAUUGUUCUUUAGUGAGACUGACUUUACUCUCACCCAGUUUCUCUCUGCAUCCAGGAGUAUAAAUGGGUAACAAUGAACUGUCAGAAAACCUGAUUAAAAAUGUUGAGGGGAGGGGAGGGAAAGUGGUUAAUUGUAAUAGAUGUGCAUCUCUCCACAAGACUUAGUCACACAUACUUGCUUCAUGGAAGCCAGGGUAAACCGCUGCAGUAUUGUAAAAUUCAUCACUGUAAAAGACAUUUCGAACAUAAGGCAUGUGUUGAUAUUCUUAAACAUGUUGUCCUGCUGUAUUAACUAUUGAUAGAAUGCACUUUUCAUUUAUUUUCAAUUCAUUUUUUCAGUGGUAGUGAAAAAAGGCAGUCCUAAACGUGAUGAAUUAGAACAACUGGCCAAUGACAUUGAUCCUAGUGAUUGGAAGAAAGUUGCAAGAAAGUUAAAGAUUCAUGAUCCAAAGAUCAAAGCCAUACAUAAGGAAAAUGAGGAGUUUUAUGAAAAAAUAUACCAAAUGCUGCUAAAAUGGAAGUAGGCAAAUGGAAGUGCUGCUACAUGGAAGAAACUAAAUCAGGCUUUAAUAGAUGCUGGUCUCAGAGAGUUAGCAGAGAAGCACUGCUGUAAAAAAAUUAAUUGAAAGAGACCAUCUGUCAGGAGCAGUUUUCCACCAAACACUGUGCAUAAGAUAUUUCUUAGCUAAAAAUUGUUACACCCAGGUAAAAAUGUUGCUCCUACUUUUUAAACAUAUUAGUUAGCCAGGUGAUAACCGAUGGGAUCGGUCCUUCCCUAACUGCACAACUUAUUUUAAUACAGAUGUUUGUGACUUUUAUAGUUAUGAAACUUGGAAAAGAUAGAAGUUGAUGCUACCUGUGCGAGCCAUCCUUUUUUCAAGUGUACACUUAACUAUUUAUGAUUAUUUCCAGCGCUAGAUAUCUUGUACAAAUCUCCUACAGUUAAACUUCUUCAAAAGCUUUUUAGAUAGUAUUUAAGUCUUGAAAUUAUCUAAAAAAAUUUUAUUCAGUAUUUUUAUCCAUUGAUUUACUAAUCUAUGAGUCAUUUAUUUUUUUUUUUACACCGUACUUUCUAGCAUUUAGGUUUGACUUUUUAUUUUAAUUAGCUUUUGUUUGAUUAAUUCACACGAUGCUAUUUCAUUUUCAUUGUCUUGUUGACGGUAGACGUAAUCCAGUUAAGCAGAUCUUCUCACUUAUAAUCUGGGCAAAUAAGUCUGCAUCGAUCUUGGUAGGAUAUUAUGGCGCGCACGUUUCACAAAUUCGUAUGACAACGGCCUUUAAAUAACUUAAAGGAAAGCUUUUAAGGGAAGCUUGUGAUAAAGACAGAAACUUGGUUUCAACGACAAGACGAACAGACAAGCUUGAGUCAACUAAAAUAACUUUCACGCGUAAAUCAACUUAUGAACGUAAACAUCGUACACGUCACGUGCCAUUGCAGGUGCUAUGCUAAAAGUAUGCACCCCCCACCCAGGUAAGGCUCAGAUGCCACCCCCCCCCCCUUGGAACGGAUGACGGUCAAAUUCCCGUGGGUUGCCUGGGGGAUGUUCAAGCUUUGAAUCGAUCGGUGCACAAGAUACUCAACUGAAUAUUUAGUAAAUUAACUUGUAGGGACCUAAGAGCCAUUUUUUCAACUUGUCGUGAGCCUGUUACCCAAGAAAGUUCAAUUUUUGUUUCAAAAUUUGCAAGUCGUAUCAUCAAAGUCACGCGGGCAGAAAAAUGUUUCAAGUAGGUCCUGAUCAACUGGUUACUCCUAAGGAGAGAUAUUACCUAGCAAUAGUGUUUUUUUAAAAGUGGACGUUGCUUUUCACUUUAGAGAUCUAUGCUUUCAAAUGUUUCUAGGAAGUUAUUAAAUAAAUCUUAGAUGGUCAUCAUUUUCGUAAUUGUACAUUGUACAAAACAUCAUCUUUUUAUUAUUACACAAAAUAUCACUUUAGCAUACUUAUUGUUUUUAGUUGUAUUCCUAACUUUGUUCACUUCAUAUUAAAACACAGUGGUUUUACAGAACACAUGUUUGAGCGUCCUUUUAUGUGUCUGUGACCG